AAAAUACAUGAAAUACAUAGUAUAUUUGUAUCAAAUAUUUUCAUUUGAUAAGUGAUGAAUUUUCGAAAGAUUAAAUAUCCAUCACGAAUAUUGUGUAAAUUUCACAAUAUAGAAUCUGCAACGUAAAACAUUAGAUAGUAUAAGUAUCCGUACUUCGCGGUGCGUAUGUUCCAUGUACUGAUAACGCGUUCAAUACUAAAAAAAAGUUGAAGUUAAAACUCCUAGUAUUAUAAAUUAUUAUAAUUAAUUUAAAGUAUUAUAAAUUAAAAACAAUGGGCUUUAUUCGAUCUCUAUCAACAAGCGAGUAUUUUUUAUAUAUAUGUGUAAUAAACUGCUUUUUUUUAUCUACAGUAUUAAGUGAAAGUGAACCUAUAUAUGAUGGUAGAUUUCAAAUGAUAAUGACGUCUAUGAGACCUGAAGAUGCAAUGUCACCACAAACCAAGGAUAACCUUGGUUUUAUACAUGCAUUUAUAGCUUCUUUGUCUGUCAUCGUUGUUUCUGAAUUGGGCGACAAAACUUUCUUUAUCGCUGCUAUUAUGGCAAUGAAACAUCCAAGAUUGACAGUUUUUAUAGGAGCAAUUAGUGCACUGGCUUUGAUGACUCUCCUCUCAGUCAUUUUUGGAUAUGCUGCAACCAUAAUUCCUAGUGUUUAUACAUACUACAUUUCUACUGCACUUUUUGCUUUAUUUGGUUUCAAAAUGCUACGGGAUGGUUAUAAGAUGUCUGCAACUGAGGCACAAGAAGAAUUAGAAGAAGUGCAAUCUGAUUUAAGGAAACGAGAAGAUGAGUAUGAAAAGGAAACUGCAAGCACUUUAGUACAAGAUCCAGAAACUGGUGUUAUAAGAAAAGCAACAAAAAUUAGUGCACUGAUGCUCCUCUCUAGGAUAUUCCUUCAAGCAUUUACAUUAACAUUUCUUGCAGAAUGGGGUGAUCGCUCACAGCUUACAACUAUCAUACUUGCAGCAAGAGAGAAUGUUUAUGGAGUUGUAAUAGGUGGAAUAUUAGGACAUUCAUUUUGUACAGGAUUAGCAGUAUUAGGGGGGAGGAUGAUAGCUCAGAGAAUUUCAGUACGAACAGUGACCAUAAUUGGUGGAUUAGUAUUUCUACUAUUUGCUUUAACAGCACUUUUUAUCAGACCUACGGAAGAUGUAUGAAAACAGUAUACAGUGUUUAUAUACCUAUAUGUCAUAAAAUAUAUUUUGCUAUGAGAUAAUGUACAUAUUUUCCAUAUUUGUGUACAGAUUGUGUGAUGAGAUAGUAAAAAUCAUAAUAUACACUACAUUUUUACCUAAAAAGUACUUAUGUAUAUAAUUUGUACAUUAUGCUUGAAAUUAUAUUGAUAUAAAUAAUUA